AUGCCCCCUUCACCCCUCACAGCAUCCCCAGAAGUCCUGUCUCUCCUCAAAGACCUACACACCAAAUCUCUAACCCAAGAAUCAACCCUGGACUGGCAAAGUCUACCGCAACAAUGCACCGCCGACUUCGACUCCAUCAUGCAGGACAAGUUCAUCGCACUUGACCAAGACAAGUGCGAACUAGUCUACCACAUCCUACGCAGCAUCAACGCAAAGACGGUCGUUGAGGCCGGUACCAGCUUCGGCGUUAGCACCAUCUACCUAGCACUUGCCGUUGCAGAGAACGCGAAGCGAGUUAGCGCUACCACCAAGCCGCGAGUUAUCGCCACAGAGAAGGAAGAGUCCAAGGCUAAACUUGCUCGAGCGCAUUGGGCGACUGCAGGCAAGGAAGUUGAGGGUGUGAUUGAUCUCCGUGUUGGGGAUCUGCGUGAGACUCUUACUUCCGAUUUGGGCACUGUGGAUUUCUUGUUGUUGGAUAUCUGGACGCCUCUCGCCCUCCCCGCGUUGAAGCUUGUCCAGCCGCAUCUCCGACCUGGCGCUGUGAUCGUCGCUGAUAAUACCGUCAUGGCGGCUGAUAGGUAUCAGGAGCUCUUUGCGUAUCUUGAUGCUGAGGGUAGUGGGUUCCGGCGGGUGACGAUGCCGUAUAAGGGAGGUAUGGACAUGAUUGUUUAUCAGUAG